CUCACUUGUAGGUCGACGGCUUUUAGUGAAUAGCAUUAUUUGAUGAGACACUGAACAACCGAAAUGUCUUACACGUUUGUUUUAUUCUGUUUUUGCUGGUGGAGUCCGUCCGGUGUGUUCGGUGAGUCGGUGUCGGUGAUGGAGGGAGAUGCUGUCACUCUUACUGAUGUUACUGAAAUACAUAAAGACAAUGAAAUAGUCUUGAAAUUUGGACCAGCUAAACCAGUUAAAAUCUUCCCCACACUUGAUGUUCCUGGUGGGAUAUUCAGAGACAGACUGAAGCUGGACGAUCAAACUGGAUCUCUGACCAUCAUGAACGUCACGACUCAACACGCUGGAGUUUAUCAGCUAGAGAGAGAUGGAGUGAAAUUUACAUAUAAAACGUAUAACGUUUCUGUCUAUGCUCGUCUGACUGUUCCUAACAUCACCAGAGACUGUUCUUCAUCUUCAUCAAAUUGUUCGUUGUUGUGUUCGGCGGUGAACGUGGGUCAUGUGACUCUCUCCUGGUACAAAGGAAACAGUUUAUUGUCCAGCAUCAGUGUGUCUGAUCUCAGCAUCAGUCUCUCUCUACCUCUGGAGGUGGAAUAUCAGGAUAAAAACACCUACAGCUGUGUGAUCAACAACCCCAUCAGAAACCAGACCACACAUCUGAACAUCACUAAACUUUGUCAGACGUGUUCAGACUCAGUGUCUCUGAUCACGUUGGUCUCUGUUUCUGCUGGAUCUCUGUUGAUCGUCGCUGCCGGGAUCUUCUGCAUCUGCAGGAGACACAGAAAAAGCGAUCAAGAAGGCCAGACUUGUGAGGAAGAAAUCAUUUACACUGAUCCCACUUUCCACAAAAGAAAAGCACAGAGAUCGUAUGUUAUAAAGGAAGAUCAUGUUGAGUAUGCACCUAUUGCCGUUAGGAGAUGAUCAAACAUCAAACCUCUAAACUCUUUGAGUUUUGGGAUUAGCAUGAAUCACCAGACGCAGCAGGAUCAUUCCGAAGCAUGGCAGUUAAAGAUGGAUUCAUGAAGCGGUACCUUUUUUGGAGCGCCGAGACUUUGAAUUGAUCUAAAUCGUACGGACAAUAGGAACGUCAAAGGCACCACGUGCGUAAAUGCCAUUUUUAAAAAAAACUGCAAAACGUAGAUGCAAAAGCAGACCCUGCUUUGGUCUUUUUGAUUCACAUCUACACAGAUAUGUGGUUUUUUUGUUGGACAAACAGGUCCUGCGUGAGCUCGUGUCUGUGUGAGAGGUAUCAAUGGUGUGUGGUUGAACGUGUUUUUUCCAUUCUGGUUCGCAUAUAUGAAACCAUUUGACUUUCACUUUGGUAAAAGCUGCAAUUUAAUUUCUCAUUUUCCGAUUUCCAUUUCCAUGGUUCAAUGCUACCAGCCUGCAAACACGUCGCGGUGACGAAAUUCAUAAAGCUCACUGAUCUAAACGCCUUCGAGCCGAUACGAAGACACCGUGAUGGCAAACUGAGGACAGCCAUAUUUGGUUCCGUAUAAGAGUUUGUAGAGGUGUAAUAUCACACAUAUCUAAAAUACUGCAGUGGAAAAGGUGUACAUGUAGUAUGCACGUAUAGUCCGCAAUACGUUUUUUCCGUCUCCGACGUGGUAUAAUGAACUAUUCUCCAACUCGAUGGAAACUAUUCACUUUCAGUGCAGAUGUAAUACCUCGUUAUAUAACAUCAUAUACAUGUAUAACAAUAAAACAAAUUCAUUUAGAUUGAAUAUAUAUACUUGAUUUGGGCUGUUUGAAGUCAUCAAAUUGUUGAACGUUAAAAUGUAUUCUCAGUGUUUUAUUAUAUGACUGACACACAGGCUAUUUCAAGGAUGUUCUCACUAACUUUCUGGGCCUUCAACGGGUCAGUUGCGCUGUUGUCCGUGCGGGGUCAGAAAGCUCUUGGUUUUCAUAAAAAAUACCAUCAUUUGUGUUCUGAAUGCAAACAAAUGACUUACAGAUUUGAAACAACAUGAGGCUGAGUAAUUAAUGACAGACGUUUCAUUUAUGGGUGAACCAACCCCUUAAAAGUGUACAAGAGAAAUGUAUAGCCUACGUUAUAGAGCAUCAUCUAGAGCCAUAACCAAAAAUCCAUCUUCAUCCUCACCCAAUUUAAAUACACACACACACACACACACACACAAAAGCUUUUAAAAUGACAAUCCGGGAAUUAAAAUCAUAAUUCCAAAAAUGAGACGAUUUUCAGUGUUUUGAUUUAAUUUUUAUUUUAACACCCAUUUCAAUUACAUACUUGGUUAUUACAUUGUAUUCAGCAUGUGCAACCAACCAUCGUUCAUUUAUAAAAAAUAAUCUAAAUUUACAUAUAAAAAUAUACUAUAUAUAUAUAUAUAUAUAUAUAUAUAUAUAUAUAUAUAUAUAUACUGUACAAUAUAAUACAUACAAACAUGUU